CAUGAAGAGGGUUGAAGACGAGAGCUCUUUUAAAGGGUCUCCAUCAUCAUCAUCUCUUGACAACGAAGAAUACCCUUCACAAUUACCAUCCCAUAUGAGAGUUUCUAUGCAGCGUAUGGACGACAAGUUGCCGGAGAUAAGCUUGAUUCGGUUGAAAUCGGCCGUUGUUAGGCCGUAUGUUCGAUCAAAAAUGCCUCGGCUUCGGUGGACGCCUGAGCUUCAUCACUGCUUCGUGCAUGCGGUUGAACGUCUUGGAGGAGAAGACAGAGCUACUCCGAAGAUGGUUUUACAGAUAAUGAAUGUGAAGGGGCUUACCAUAUCGCACGUAAAGAGCCAUCUUCAGAUGUAUAGAAGCAUGAAGCAUGAGCAGAUGAUACAAGAAGCAGCUAUGGCAGCGAAGAGGAUUAAUGGUAAGGCACAUGGUAUCCCAGAUUCAAGUUACUUGAGCUGUUGCCAACAAAAUCAUCAGGAAAAGAACAAGGGAUUGGUUGAUAACAACUCCUUCUGGUUCAGAAGCAGCAGCAGUGGGAGUUACUGCAAAGAAGAGCUUGCUCUCAGGACUAGAAGCAUGGCUUCCCAAUGGGUGGAGAAGCAAGAAAUGUGGAUUGCAAACAAAGUGAUGGACCAAUUACCAUGCCAAGAAAUAAUAAGCAAAGCAUGGGAGCAAAAACCAGAUUCUUACAUCAUCUUCAAGGAUCUGCUCAAGAACCGCGCUAUUGAUCAAGGGAGCAAUGAGCAAAAAAGAGUCUUACUAGGGGCUUCGGGUUGCAAGAGCAAUCAUCAAACAUUGGAAAGUUUGACAGAGAAUAUAGAGCGAAUGGAUGAUUGCAAAAUCUCUUUAUCAAUGAACUCAAAAGCGUCACAGUCUUUGUUGAAGCUGAACCAAAGUGCAGAUCAUAUCAAUGAUGUCUCUCUUGAGCUCACUCUUGCUUAAAAUCAUGCCCAUAAUUAUAUACUUUGACAGUUUUGGAACUUCAAAAUUUGUCUCCUCCUUGUUUGAUAUAGU